AUGGCCGCCGUCGUGUCACAAUCCAAGACGGAGCCCGUCACGCCUCAUGAGAAGCCGACGCGUCCGCGCGCCUCCACCUCGUCUUCUACCCACCGCGAGCCGGGCUUUCUCUCGCGCAUGAAGAGUCGCAUGGCCAACGGCAAGGGCCACCACAAUGCCGGUCACGGGCCCAUUGCCAGCCGCGCCCAGUUGAGCUCGCACGACUUCCGCAUCAUCCGCACCCUCGGCACCGGCACGUUUGCUCGUGUCUGCCUCGUCAGACCCGUCAAUCCGUCCGAGGAGGAGAAGAAGGAGGUGUUCGCCCUCAAAAUCCUCCGCAAGACCGAGGUCAUCAAGCUCAAGCAGGUCGACCACGUGCGCCACGAGCGGCGCAUCCUCGGCGACGUCUCCGGCCACCCCUUUAUCACCAACAUGAUUGCCGCCUUCUCCGACGCCGACACGCUGUACAUGCUGCUCGACUACGUCCCCGGCGGCGAGCUCUUCAGCUACCUGCGCAAGAUGCGCCGCUUCGACGAGAGCACCGCCAAGUUCUACACGGCCGAGAUUGUGCUCGUCCUCGAGUUUCUGCACGAGCAGCAGGGCCGCGUCGCCUAUCGCGAUCUCAAGCCCGAGAAUCUGCUGCUCGACAAGAACGGCCACAUCAAGCUCGUCGACUUUGGCUUCGCCAAGCGCCUCAGCAGCGAAGACGGCCAGCCAACCGAGACGUACACCCUCUGCGGCACCCCCGAGUACCUCGCACCCGAGGUGAUCCAUAACAAGGGCCACACGACCGCCGUCGACUGGUGGGCGCUGGGCAUUCUGCUGUACGAGUUCCUCACCGGCUACCCGCCGUUUUGGCACCAGAACCCCAUCGAGAUUUACAAGCAGAUCGUCGAGAAGCCCGUCACGUUCCCGGCGGAACCGCACAUUUCGGACAAUGCCAAGGAUCUCAUCAAAUCGUUCUGCACCGUCGACCGCUCCAAGCGCCUCGGCAACAUGAACGGUGGCGCGCAGCGCGUCAAAGACCACCCCUUCUUCAAAGGCAUCCGGUGGGAUGAGCUGCUGGGACAGCGCGUGCGCGGACCCAUUGUGCCGCCCGUGCGAUCCUCGAGCGACUCGCAGUGCUUCGAUCAGUAUCCCGAGGAAGAUGGCAAGCGCGAGCCGUAUACGGACGAAAUGGCGCGCCAGUACGACCAGUACUUUAAAGAUUUUUGA